AUGGAACAACAUGGGUUUUAACUCCUCAGAAGUAUUAUUAUUUAGGUCUUGCAUUAUCAAUUAAUUCAGUUAAUUAAAAGCUGUGAAUAAAUUGAAUAUAUUUUAAGAUGCAAUUCAAUGUUGCGAUAGUAUUAUCAAAACUAAUUGUUACAAUAAUAAGACAUCGAGUAACAAGAACAAAAAUGCACUUUAAUAAAGGUUAUUCUCUAUUUGAAAUUAUUUUAAAUAAAUUGCUACAUAAAUUAUAAUAAUAUUAAGCUUGUUUUAAUCAGGUUGUUUCUUUCAAAAUCACUCCUUUAAAAUUGUAAAGAAAGGUACAUCAUUAUUUAAAUUUAAUUAAGCUGA